CCCGGGGCCGUGGGCGGGGCUCCUUGCGCAGGCGCACCGCUUCCCCUCUUGCCAUAAUGCGGCGGCGGCGGCGACGGGAGGGGGAGGCCGAGUCGCUCCUAAAUGGCGCCCAAGCAAGACCCGAAGCCUAAAUUCCAAGAGGGUGAGCGGGUGCUGUGCUUCCACGGGCCUCUCCUGUACGAAGCCAAGUGCGUGAAGGUGGCCAUCAAGGACAAGCAGGUGAAGUACUUCAUCCACUACAGCGGCUGGAACAAGAACUGGGAUGAAUGGGUUCCAGAAAGCAGAGUCCUCAAAUACGUCGACACCAAUCUGCAGAAGCAGAAAGAACUUCAAAAGGCCAAUCAGGAACAGUAUGCAGAAGGAAAGAUGAGAGGGGCUGCUCCAGGCAAGAAAACGUCUGGACUCCAGCAGAAAAAUGUUGAAGUGUUCUUCAGGCGAGACGGAGCACACACCGUUUGCAGUUUGGAAACCCCUGCAAUAUCGACACGGAAGACCAAAAAGAACAAACAGAAAACUCCAGGAAUUGGCGAGGGAAGCAGCUCCAGUGAAAACCCUCAGCCUCCCAGGAAGAAAAGAGCUCGAGUAGACCCUACGGUGGAAAGUGAAGAAACUUUUAUGAACAGAGUUGAAGUAAAGGUAAAAAUACCAGAAGAGCUGAAACCGUGGCUUGUAGAUGACUGGGAUUUGAUUACACGCCAAAAGCAGCUCUUCUACCUUCCGGCCAAGAAGAAUGUAGACUCAGUUUUAGAGGACUAUGCAAACUACAAGAAGUCACGAGGAAACACAGAUAACAAAGAAUAUGCUGUGAAUGAAGUUGUGGCAGGCAUCAAAGAAUACUUCAACGUUAUGCUGGGGACCCAACUAUUGUAUAAAUUUGAGCGGCCACAAUAUGCAGAAAUCUUAGCGGAUCAUCCAGACGCACCCAUGUCCCAGGUCUAUGGAGCACCGCACCUCCUCCGGUUGUUCGUCAGGAUUGGAGCAAUGCUUGCUUACACACCUCUUGAUGAGAAGAGCUUGGCCUUGCUGUUGAACUAUUUGCACGACUUCCUAAAGUAUUUAGCCAAGAAUUCUUCAGCACUCUUCAGUGCAAGCGACUAUGAGGUGGCACCUCCAGAAUAUCACCGGAAAGCCGUGUGAGCCACGUGCUAUAACAGCACAUAGGAGAUGGCAGAUUACCAGAAGAGAUCCUUUGGUCUCUGCAGCUGCCCACUAAGUUCCACGUUUGUCCACAGUCCCUUCCUUGCACAUGCAUCUCUGCACAAAUGGCAAAAGUGUUUGUGUCGUCAGUUGGAACUGCCACCAUCUGAGUCCCAAGGGUGUUUCUUCAGUCCUGAAGGAAGGAAGACCGGCUCCUGGGAUGCUUUACUGCAGCGGUUUGAUGUUGGAAUGUCGCUGGAAAUGCACGAUGAUUUCAUAGCCCGAACUCCUGCAUGCUUCUUGGGCCGCUUUCUUUGGAGCAAAGCCUUACCUGCUGCUGACGGUUUGAUGCCGUGUUGUCAACCUUUCCCACAAACAAACUGGCUGCCAGUAUUGGGGGGAGGGGGAUCAAGCACAGAUGGGGGGGGGGGGGAGGGUCCUUGUGUGCUUUGUUGGUGUUGGGAGGGUAAAAUGUUGUGAACGUGUCUGUUCUUUGCAUAGCUGAAGAAUUGUGGGAUUAGUAGGUGGGGUUGAAUGCACCUUCUAGCAUAGGAGGAAUUUGCCAUGGUCCCUCCAGGUGUGGUGAUACGAUAUUCUCUGCAGGAGAUAGGUACAAGUCUCCAAAUAAAAUUUUCUACUUCAGCUGUUAAA